AUGAAAGGCUCCGAUCCAGGUUCGGGUCCAGGCUCGGGUCCAGGUUCGGGUGCUAGCAAGAAUCAUACGAAACAGAGCAGUCAGCACCAUCAUACAAAAGGUGGUCCAACACCGAGAGGGAACAACAAUCCAACGCAUGUUUCUUUGAUGGGGACAAGCAUUAAAGGAAGAGAGUACGAGGAUCCAGCCACUAAAGCUCAGAUGAAAGCAAUGGCUGCAAGAGCGUUAUGGCAGCUCUCGAGAGGGAAUCUCCAGAUAUGCCGAAGCAUAACAGAGUCAAGAGCAUUGCUCUGUUUCGCCGUUCUGUUAGAGAAAGGUGACGAUGAAGUCAAGUCGUAUUCCGCAUUAGCGAUGAUGGAGAUCACCGACGUUGCCGAACAGUACUCGGAGCUUAGACGCUCAGCUUUCAAACCAACCUCUCCUGCCGCAAAAGCUGUGGUUGAGCAGCUACUAAAAGUGAUCGAGAACGAGAUACCGGACCUUCUGAUCCCAUGUAUCAAAUCAAUAGGUAGUCUUUCAAGAACGUUCCGUGCUACGGAGACAAGGAUCAUCGCACCGCUUGUGAAGCUUCUUGACGAAAGAGAAGCUGAGGUUUCAAUGGAAGCAGCGGUUGCGCUUAUCAAGUUCUCGUGUACGGAGAAUUUCUUGCGUGAUAACCACUCUAAAGCGAUCAUAGCAGCAGGUGGUGCAAAGCAUCUGAUUCAGUUGGUUUACUUUGGAGAACAAAUGGUUCAAGUCCCGGCUUUGGUACUACUAUGUUACAUCGCACUGAGUGUACCUGAUAGUGAGACUCUAGCGCAAGAAGAGGUUCUUGUGGUGCUUGAGUGGUCCACAAAGCAAUCUCAUUUGGUGGAAGCACCGAUGAUCGAUGAGAUAUUACCAGAAGCUAAGAGUAGAUUGGAGCUUUAUCAAUCUAGAGGGUCAAGAGGGUUUCAUUAA